AUGUCGGCAACUCAGCAUGCUUGGGCUGUCGUUGAACAUGGCAAGCCUCUUCAAAAGAUUGAGAAGCCAAUCCCUGAACCGACAGGGACUGAGAUCCUGAUCAAGGUGACUCAUUGCGGUGUCUGCCACUCCGAUCUACAUUUCCAUGAAGGCUUUUACGAGAGGGGUGGCGGCAAGCGCGUUUACUUGAAAGAUCGAGGUGCGACACUACCACGAGCACUCGGGCAUGAGAUCAUUGGGACUGUGGUAAAACUUGGACCAAAUGCGGAGCAGUUGUCCCUAGGGGCCAGCAGGAUUGUCUAUCCCUGGACUGGCUGCCAAAAGUGUCGGAGGUGUGAAGAUGAGGACGAUAAUCUCUGUCUAGCUCAGCGAAAUUGUGGAGUCCAAACCGAUGGAGGAUAUGCACAAUACUUGACGGUUCCGCAUGCGAAAUAUCUAGUGGAUUACGGUGAUCUAGAUCCUGCUGUCGCUUGCACCUUUGCUUGCUCUGGACUCACUGUCCUGAGCUCAAUUCAGAAGAUUAUGCCUCUCCGUCUCCAAGACCCAAUCUUACUUAUCGGAGCAGGGGGGUUAGGUCUGGCCGGAAUUACUCUGCUUCGAGCUUUGGGCUAUGAGAAGAUAAUAAGUGCCGACAUUUCUCUCGAGAAGAGGGAAAUAGCUCUUGAGACCGGCGCUAGUGCUGUUGUAGACAGCAGUGGUGAGGACCCUGCUAAAGCUGCUAUAGAAGUUGCGGGUGGUCCAAUCUACGGAGUUUUAGACUUCGUCAACAACAAACAGACUGCCAACUUUGCUAUUGGUGCGCUGGGUAAGGGUGGGAAGAUGGUUGCUAUAGGUCUGGCUGGGGGUGAAAUCAAUCUUUCUCUGGUCGAUAUGAUAUUCAAGUCGGUCACAAUUGUGGGUAACAUUACCGGAACACCUCGAAACCUUCGUGAUGUCACUCAACUGGCAAAGGAAGGAAAACUCGCACCUGUCCCGGUGACCAGGAUUCCAUGGGACCAGGCAAAUGAAGCACUGAAUCAGCUUCGCGACGGUAAAGUUAGUGGCAGACUUAUUUUGGUUCACUAG